UCAUUUAUACACAAAAUAACAAAGAAAGUACUAAUAACAAUGUCAUUGAGGCUAGCACUCUGCUUCCUUCUCCUUGCCUUCUCUGCCAAGCCAUGGUCAGCCAAUGCUGCUCCGUCCCCGGUGCUUGACAUCACCGGCAAGAAGCUCCGAACGGGCACCGAUUAUUACAUCUUACCAGUCAUACGUGGGAGGGGCGGGGGGCUCACUCUGGCUAGCACUAGCAACACAACCAGCUGCCCACUUGAUCUUGUUCAAGAGCAGCAUGAGGUGUCGAAUGGUCUCCCGCUGACAUUUUCGCCUGUGAACCCGAAGAAAGGUGUGGUUCGGGUCUCAACCGAUCAUAACAUCAAGUUCUCUGCUGCCACAAUCUGCGUUCAAUCCACGAUGUGGAAAUUGGACAAGUUUGAUGAGCAAACAGGACAGUGGUUUGUGACGAGUGGUGGGGUUGAGGGCAAUCCCGGUCGUCAAACCACAAGCAAUUGGUUUAAGAUUGAGAAAUAUGAUGAAGACUACAAGCUCGUUUUCUGCCCAACAGUUUGCAAUUUCUGCAAAGUGAUAUGCAGAGAUGUUGGGAUUUUUAUUCAAGAUGGGAAAAGGCGCCUGGCUCUCACUGAUGUGCCAUUCAAAGUCAUGUUCAAGAAAGCUUGAACUUAAAAAUGUACUAAUUAUACACUUUUGAAAUCAAUGCAUGAUUGUGCCUUACUCAAUAAAGUUUCCCUUUCAUUUUCAUG